AUGAUAAAAGAUAAAAACAAGCAAAUGAAACUGGUGUUCAACAGCAAGCCAAGAAAAGCAGAACUUCACAAGAAUUGGAAACAAAUGUUGAUACCACUGAAUUCUCAUCAAAGCUGUUCAGUCAAUGACAGUGAAACUAAAAAUCAAGAUAAUUAUUUGAAAGAAUUUGACUCAAUUAAGAAUGGUAGUGUUCAUGAACAAUUUUGGGCGAAAGCUAAUAUUAAGAAAUUUCAUAAAUCUGUUGAAUUUUUCAUCAGUAAAUGUUCCAUUUGUCAUGGGGCAUGGUCUCUGAAAUCUAAAGCAAAAUCACCAAGUGAUUAUGAAUGUUCGCGAUGUUUUAGAGAUAAAAAAUCUCCUAAAAAGUUUUCACUUGAAAAUUCAAUGAUUCCUUCUGCUAUCCCACAGGAGUUAAAAGAUUUGACUCAAGUUGAGGAAAUGUUGAUUGCUUGAGCACUCCCAAUCAUGAGAGUCUAUAUUAAACCAGGUGGACAACGAGGUUACUCAGGGCAUUGUAUCAACUUGCCACAAAAUGUAAAGGAACUGGCCACAUCUUUGCCUAGAUGAAUUGUCUGUUAUCAUUGUCAAAGCUAAAGGUAAAAGUAACACAUUUAAAGAUUUGACUGUAAGGAAACAAAUAGUGCACAAUGCUUUAUUAUGGCUAAUACAAAAUAAUCCUCAUUAUUGUGAUUUACAAAUUAAUGCAACUGCAUUAAAUUCCUUGUCUGAAAAUGGUGUACCACCAGAUCUCAUGACUGUUGAAACUGAUGAUGAUAUAGUCUCAGAUGAUAAUUGUUCUCCUGAUUUUGGUUCUCCUACUGAUAACCCCUCAGAGGAUAUUGUAUAUAAUGACUCAACUGAAAUGAGUAGUUUUCUACCUGUUGGUGAACAACAACAACAGGAAAUUGAUGCUGUUAGAAAACAUCUUUCUGAAAAUGAACCCACGCCUUGGCCUACAAUUGAAACUGAACCAAUUAAUGAAUAUCAGAUACACAUUUGGCUACAAUGGCUUUCCCAACAUUAUUUCCUGAUGGGAAAGGCGACCCUACUAAUUCAGGCAGCGGCGUAGCCAGCUCGGAUAAUUAGGAGGUCCAUAUUCAUAUAUUCGUGUUCACAGACCUUAAAAACAAUCGAUUUCAAAAGAAAUUAAUAAUGCAGAACACGAAUAUAUGAAUAUGGACCCCCCCCCCCCAGCUGGCUACGCCGCUGAAUCCAGGUCUAUUAAGAGAUGUUCCUCUUCAAUAACGAAUUAAGCAUCUUCUCAAAUUUGCUAAAGUUAUUCAUGGUAAAUGGAUCUACCGUUUUGCCAGCCAUCCCAGAUUUUCAUAUUGGGCUUUUAAUAUGAUCCAACGAAAACGUAUUUUCAGCAAAGUGGGAUAUUCCUAAAACAAAAUCCAGGUGAAGCACAUCUCACCAUUGAUGAACUACGAGAAAUGGCUGCCAGUAACAACUCUAAUGUUUUUAUGUCCAAGCUUUCCAGGUACGUUGGCAAUGCUAAUGCUUACUGGAGUAGAGUAAGAGAAGAACUCAGAGCCAUUAUAACUAGUGUUGGAGCACCAACAUUAUUUUUUACUUUCUCCUCUGCAGAUAUGCAUUGGCCUGAGUUACAUGCUUUAUUAAAAGCGAGUACUGAUUGCGAAACGGGUAGUUAUACCAGUAAUGUAAGACGACAAAAUGUCAUUAACAAUCUCCAUGUUGUGGAUUGGUUUUUCACGCAAAGAUAAGAAAGUUUUAUAAAACACUGGAUUUAUGAAACACUUGGUGCAAAAAGGCACUGGUUUCGAUAUGAAUAUCAAGGUAGAGAGGUAGUAUCCAUUGUCAUGGUACUGCUAAACUAAAUAAUGACCCAGGUUUGUGUCAACUUACUCAGACUGCUUUGAAAGGUUUCUUAGCUCAAAAAUUUAAAGAUGAAAAUGAUUGUUCUGACACAACUGAACUAGAUCAGGAUAUUGAAGCUGGCCAGAAAGCAGCUGACACAGUAUGUCAGCAUGUUGAUUGGUUAUUAUCAACUGUCAAUCCUAAUCCACCAGAUGAGGACAUGUGGAUAAGACCUGAGGUUCAUCCUUGUCAAAGAAGUCAUCACGACAUUCCUGAACAUGAAAAACAAUCAGAUUAUGUAGAUCUAUUAAACAUAGUUCAACGACACACUCGUUGUAGUACAAGUUAUUGUCUUAGAAAGAAGUCAAAUGAAACAGAGUUGAAAUGUAGAUUUCACUUCCCUUUUGAUAUUUGUCCUAAGACAAAAUUAGAAUUUGAAAAAAUUCACACUUCAGGUGAUUAUGAGCAUUAUCGAGCUAAGAUUGUGACUAAACGAAAUGACUCAAGGUUAAAUAACCAUCAACAACUUCAACUCCAAGGAUGGAGAGCUAACUGUGAUAUUCAAGUUGUUAUUGAUCACCAUGCUUGUGUUGAAUAUCUCACAAAAUAUGCAGCUAAAGGUGAGCCAAGAUCACCUAUAUUGAAACAGGCAUUCAAUUCUAUUGUGCAAAAUUAAAUGUUGACAGUAAUACUGAGCCUCGUAGAGUUAUUAAGAAGGUAGUUAUGAAAUCUCUUUGGUGAAAGAGAUUAUGCAGCUCAAGAGAUAAUGCAUCAUUUGUUGUCUUUAAAACUCCACAGCUCAUCCUUUAAAGUGAUGCCAGUUAGUCGAAAUGGUUCACGUAGAGUGCGUGAUACUGCAAGUAUUGAUGAGGGUGAAUCGUGCACUGAUUAUUCACUUCUUGAUGAGUAUGCUAAUCGUGAACAAUAUGAGAGUUCACAAAAUAUAAUAAAUAUGAACUUUGUUCAAUUUGCCAGAGAAUAUUAUACCACGAAUAUUUCCAACAUAUUCUCCUAAUCCCAAAGGUCCAAAUUUUGGGCUGCAUUGUAAAUAUCAUCUUUUGAGGUAUAAACCGUGAAGAACAACCCUAAACAAUGCAUGGGGUGACCCAGAACCAACUGACGAGGUUCUGAUCAAUUGUUGGCAUCAAUUUUUCAAACACCUUAUGGGCAGUCUAAUGUCCCAGACUGGUUUUAUAAAUUACAAGCUGUUAUUCAGACUGAAGAAGCAGAAGAUUAACCUUCUGAAGAACAGCAGACAACUCGAGAAGAGUGGAUGAUAUUAUCAGACAACACACCUUUUGACAAGUCUGAACGAGUCCUCAUAUGACUGGCAUCUUGACAGAGCCAAUUAUUCAGAACAACAAAUCCAAGAAAUGCCAACAUGGAUAAAAACAAACAAAGAGGAAUAUACUAUUGAUGAGCAAUAUGUUGUUGACAUCAACAGUUUUAGUGAAAUGCAAAAACUUGCUUAUGAUAUUGUUAAGUCUCAUUUUGAUGAUGUAUCAUCCGAGAAAGAGUCAUUAUGUCUAAUUAUAAAUGGUGUUGCAGGAACUGGUAAAAGUUACCUUAUUAAUGCUAUUAGAAAUCUGUUGCAAAGUAAAUGUACUGUUACUGCCAUCACAGGUAUAGCAGCUUAUAACAUUAGAGGUGUAACUGUGCAUUCUCUAUUACCUAUAGCAUCAAGAGGUAAUAAAGACCUAUCAGGAUAAAGCUUGUGUAGGUUACAAAAGAGUGUUAAUAACAUUGGAUACAUUAUUAUUGAUGAAUACUCCAUGCUUGGCCAAGUUACUUUUGGUUGGAUAGACAAGCGUUGCAAACAAGCAACUGGUUAUAAUGACAAGGUAUUUGGAGGAAAAUCAUUGAUUUUAACUGGUGAUCCAGGUCAAUUGCCACCAGUAGCAGAUAAACCUUUUUAUCGUGCUAAACCAUCAAACGCUGUUGGUGAACAAGGUUACCAAGCAUAUCAUAUGUUUGACAAAGUUGUUAAACUUACUGUAAAUCAACGUGUGCAAGAUAUGACAUCUGAACAAGUACAGUUCAGAGAUUAG